AUGGUCGGCAACCCGGGCGAUUACGUGUUUGGACAGCGCGGGUUGGAUGAUAUCGUUUCUCAGUUAAUGGAACAAACGCAACAACGCAACGCCCCACCCCCCGCCGCACCAUCCACCAUCGCCUCCCUACCCAAGAUAACCAUCACGGAGAAAGAUCUCGGUGCCAAUCCGACAUCCACAUCAAAUUCCUAUAACGCGAACAGUGAGAAUACGGAUAAGGUAUAUACCCGCGACUGCCCCAUCUGCCAAGACGACUUCAACGUAGGCGACGAGGCAGUGCGGUUACCUUGCAAGCAUGUGUUUCAUGAGGGGUGUGUGGGGAGUUGGUUGGGUGUUAAUGGAACGUGUCCUGUGUGUCGGUACUCGUUGGUU